UCCCUACUUCAGUGUCUUUUCAGCUAACCUAGACAGCUCAUCAUGGCAGCGCUGUUUCUUUCCCUGUGUGUAUGCUUGGCUCUAGCUCUGAGCAACGCCGCUCCAGCCCACCAUGAUGUCAUGAUGAAAGAUGCUCCUGAGCUCCAUGAUGCCAAACCUGACCGGUGUAAAGGCAUUGAGUUUGAUGCCAUCACUCCCGAUGAAAAAGGAAACACUUUCUUUUUCAAAGGUGACCAUUUAUGGAAAGGUUUCUCCGGAUCAGCUGAGCUCUCAAGCAGCAUCUUCAAAGAACUGGAUGACUAUCAUGACCUGGGUCAUGUCGAUGCAGCCUUCCGCAUGCACCAACAAGAUGAUGCCAGUGUUCAUGACCACGUCUACUUCUUUCUGGAUGACAAAGUCUUUAGCUUUUACAACUACACCCUUGAGAAAGGCUACCCUGUGGAGAUCCAGAAGGAGUUUCCUGGUAUCCCCAGCCACUUAGAUGCUGCGGUUGAGUGUCCCAAAGGAGAAUGCAUGACUGAUUCAGUGCUGUUCUUCAAAGGAAACGAAACUUACACCUAUGACAUCAAGACAGAGACAGUUAAGAAGAAGAUGUGGACACACUUGCCAAACUGCACAUCUGCCUUUCGCUGGCUAGAGCACUAUUACUGUUUCCAUGGUCACAACUUCACCAGAUUCCAUCCAAUUUCUGGGGAGGUGACAGGAACAUAUCCUAAGGAUGCCCGACGCUACUUCAUGAAGUGCGAUGGAGGAUUUGGUCAUGGAGGGGGUGCAAGAAGGCUACGCUGCAGUGACGUCAAGCUGCAUGCUGUCACCACAGAUGAUAAAGGGAAAUCAUAUGCAUUCCAUGAUGAAAUGUACUUGCGUUUGGACACACACCGAGAUGGCAGUCACCAUUUCAAUAUUUCAAAGUCAUGGAAGGAAAUCUCUGGUGGAGUGGAUGCUGUUUUUUCUUAUGGUGAUAAAAUGUACAUCAUCCAGGGUGGUCAAGUCUAUAUCUACAAGUCAGCAGUCCAUUACACUCUCAUAGAGGGCUACCCCAAACCUCUGAAGGAAGAACUAGGCAUCGAUGGCCCUGUGGAUGCAGCAUUUUUGUGUCCAAAUCAGCACACUGUAUUCAUUAUACAAGGUCAAAAAAUGUGUGAAGUUGAUCUUGCGGCCACACCCCGAGUUGUUAAAAAGGAGAUGCCUAUUCCCUUCCCUAAAAUUGAUGCUGGCUUCUGUGAUGCUGAUGGUGUGAAGGUGUUUAUUGGACCAGAAUACUAUUCAUAUGCAAGCCCAAUGAUUCUAGCUAUGAGCAGAAUUAGACCUCAACCUCAAAAGAUCUCUCCAGAAAAAUUUGCCUGUGAAGACUAAAGAUUAGGCUAGGCAACAGCUUCUGAUGAUAAGUCAUUUCAAUAAGCUAAUGAUUUUGCUGCAUAUUGUGCUAAUAAAAAUUACACUUGUCUGGCA